CUGCUCAUAACAUCGACUCACGCUGCUGUUCAUACAACAGGACAGAAACUCAGGUCACUCGUUUGGAGCAGGCAGGGUGAUUGUCAGACAUGGAGCGCGUCAUGGGAGGAGGAGUACUACAGCUGCUCUUAGCCAGCGCGGGGAUCUUGCUGCUUUAUCGGAUACUUGUUCGCCUUAGACCAGGAGCUGCUCUGCAGGAUGCUGUGGUGGUCAUCACAGGGGCCAGCUCUGGACUGGGGAAAGAGUGUGCACGGGUAUUUCACGCUGCAGGUGCACGGCUCGUGCUGUGUGGACGAGAUGCAGCCCGCCUGAAGCAGGUGGUCCAGGAGCUAACAGAAAGUUCAACAAGCUCACAGCGGCAGACUUACACUCCCAGCACUGUUAUAUUUGACCUGGCUGACAUGGACACGGUGGACAGAGCUGCAGAGGAGAUCCUAAAAUGUUAUGGACAAGUGGAUGUCCUCAUCAAUAACGCUGGAAUCAGUUACCGUGGCAACAUACUGGAUACCCACCUUUCAGUUCAGCGGGAUGUUAUGGAGACUAAUUAUUUUGGGCCCAUUGCUCUGACUCAAGCUCUCCUGCCCUCAAUGGUUCAACGGCACAGGGGCCACAUCGUCGUCAUCAGCAGCAUCCAGGGCAAGAUAGCCAUCCCUUACAGAUCAGCUUAUGCAGCCUCUAAGCACGCCACCCAGGCCUACUUUGACUGUUUACGGGCCGAGAUCGAACGCUAUGGAAUUCCAGUGACCGUGAUCAGUCCUGGGUACAUCCGAACCAGCCUGUCGGUCAACGCUGUGACAGGAGACGGCUCUAAGCACGGAGUUUUGGAUAAAACCACGGCGACGGGUCGGGACCCCGCAGAUGUGGCUCAGGCUGUGCUGAAAGCUGUCCGUCAGAGGAGCAAAGACGUCGUUCUGGCAGGACCUCUGCCCAAUCUGGCCAUCUACCUCCGCACACUGUGGCCUGCGCUCUUCUUCAAACUCAUGUCCUCUCGUGCACGCAAAGAGCAGAAACCCAAAGAGGAGUGAUGCAGCAGCAGGUACGAGGCUCACAUGGACCAAAACAUGAAUUUAGCUGCUUCACAUGGAGGCCAAAUGGACAGGAGGUGUGAAAAGAUGCAGCUCUUCAGUAAUACAGACUACAAAUCUGUAUGUUGUAACAGGAUCUAUGAGUGUUUUUAUUAUAGUUUUGACUAACAUCUGUGAUCAAACAGGUAAGCAGGGCGUAUUGUUCAGCCAUUUCAGUGAUUUACUGUUUUCAAAAUCAAUUUAAAAGUUACCACUACUGACAAGACUUGAAACUGGGCUGUAAAGACGUUGUGAUGCCAUUUUUCAAAUUGACUCAACAUAAACUUGGUUCCCAAAUAAAAUGCUUGGACUGUUA